AUGUCUACCGUUGAUAGCGGUUAUGCUAUAUUAUAUGCUAACUGUUCACAAGCUGAUGAUGACAAAUUAUUAUCCUUACGUUGCACGCUGAGUGCUAAUUUUAUAUCUUACAAUCAAGUAUCUCAAGAUAGGACGGCUAUACUCUAUCAACUUAGUCGUCAAAAUAUAUCUUUUAAUGGAAUUUAUACUAAAGACAAGCCUGAACUUAUUUGGCCAAGUAUGAUUAUCUGGGGCCUUCCAAUAAUCAUAAAUUUAAUUCUAGCUAUCAUUAUUGUGAUCCAUGCAGCACCUUCAAAAAAGGAAAUGGAUGAUAUGGACGAAAAAAUUUCCGAGGAUCUAAAUAAAUUAAUAAAACAAAUAUUUAAAAAGGUGCAGGAAAAAAUUUCUGAAAUAAUAGAAAAAACAUCUAACGAUAUUUCUGGUAAAAUAAAUGAAAUUAAUGGUGAUGUAAAAGAAAUUUCCAACAAAAUACGAAAAAAAAUUACUGACAAAAUUAAUUAUGAAAAAAUAUCUGAAAUUAUUUACAAAGUUUAUAAUGAAUUAAGCCAAAAAUCUAAUAAUAAAGCUGAAAGUUCGAAUCAAGAAAUCUCAAUUGAUAUAGAAGUUUUGGCAGAAAUAAAACUUUCUCCGGAAAUGCAAAAAGAAAUUUUUGCCAGGAUACGAGAUAAAAUUAUAGCUGUAUUAUUAGAUGAACUUUUUGAUAUAGUGCAGGAAGAAUUCUUCAAGUUAUUAGAUGAAAAAAUUUUAGCCGCUAUGGAAGAAGAGAUGAAAGAGAUUUUAAAAGAAAAGACUUUUGCCAAAGAGAAUGAUAACGAAGAGGUUUGGAGUACUAUGAGAAGUGAAUUUAGAGAUUUAUUAGAAAACAUUUCCAAGGAAACGAAAAAGCAAAUUCUUAAUAAGAUAUCAGAAAAAAAUUUUAAAAAAGAUAAAAAAAAUUCUGAUGUAUUACAAAAAAUUCCUAACGAGGUAGAUGCAGAAAAAUUUUUUGAGGAGAUGCAAAAUACGAUAGACGAGCUUACUGAUGAGAUAUAA